AUGAGCUCCCAAGUAUUGACCCAAGGAAUAGGCUAUGGCGUCGUCCUCGGAAUCGGUUUUGUUUUCGCUCUUAUCAUGAUGGGUCUCUCUACCUUGCAAAACAGAUACACAAGCUAUAAGAUAGCCACUUCGGAGGAAUUCAAUACCGCUUCCCGUUCAGUCAAACCUGGACUGAUAGCUUCGGGUAUCGUAUCAGCUUGGACUUGGGCUGCUACUCUCCUUCAGAGCUCGACUGUAACGUAUGAAUAUGGACUUUGUGGAGGCUACUACUACGCUGCAGGCGCAACCAUCCAGAUUUUCGUCAUGUCGAUCCUCUCGGUCCGCGUGAAGAUGAUUGCGCCCUACUGUCAUACAUACCUCGAGAUCGUCCACGCUCGUUAUGGAAACACAGCACACUUCAUAUUCGCCACUUUCGGGCUCGUGACAAAUCUGAUAGUGUCGAGUAUGCUUUUGUUGGGCGGUAGUGCAGUUGUGAAUGCAUUUACUGGCAUGAACAUCUAUGCAGCAAAUUUCCUCAUCCCAUUGGGUGUUGUUAUUUAUGUGAUCCUCGGGGGUCUGCGUGCAACAUUUCUAUGUGACUACUCACAUACACUCAUACUCAUGAUCAUCAUACUCUACUUCUUCUUCUAUACCUACGCUGAGGCUGACCUCAUCGGUGGCUUCGAUGGGAUGUACCGUCUCCUUCAGCAAGCAAGUGCGGAGCGUCCUGUAUCUGGAAAUCAAGAUGGCUCGUACUUGACGCUGAAAUCUAACUACGGGCUUAUGUUUAUGAUAAUUCAGAUAACUGGCGGGUUUGGUACGGUGAUGCUGGAUCAGGGAUAUUGGCAGAGGGCUAUUGCUUCGGAGGCAAAGACAGCGGUUCGCGCUUACCUCUUGGGCGGGGUGGCUUGGUUUGCUGUGCCUUUAACGUUUUCGACUAUUAUGGGUCUUUCAGCCGUUGCCUUGGCCAACCACCCAAGUUUCCCAUAUCCUGGCGGUCUCUCCUUGGCUCAAACUGAUGCCGGUCUUGCAGCACCAGCUGGAGUAGUUGCACUUUUAGGCAGCGGAGGUGCCGCUGCAAUGCUGAUUCUCUUAUUCAUGGCUGUCACUUCGGCGGCAUCUUCUGAAAUGAUAGCUACCUCAUCCAUCUUAACGUUUGACCUUUACCAAAUUCACUUUAAGCCAGACGCAUCUCCAGAGGCACUUAUACGUGUGUCACAUGUUAUGGUUGGUAUUUGGGCCAUUAUCAUGUCCUGCGUCGCGUCGUUGUGGAAUGGGAUCGGGAUCUCUUUGAACUGGCUCUUCCUCUUCUCUGGAACUUUGUUCACAGGUGCUGUAGGUCCUAUCAUAUUCAGUGUAGUCUGGCGUAAACAGACUCGGGCUGCUGCCAUCGGUGGAGCAUUGGGUGGUCUUGUUGUCGGCAUAACCUGUUGGCUUGUCGUCGCCAAGACGUACUAUGGAGAGGUGACGAUCGAAACGACUGGUAAUAUGUACCCCAAUUUGGCGGGUAAUAUGGGAGCAUGCUGUUCAGGCGCUCUGAUAUCCAUUAUCAUCACCUUGAUCAAUCCUGAUAAUGAAUUUGACUGGUCGGAGACGAAGAAGAUAAAUCCGCGGGGCCGGGACCUGGAUAAGAAACGUAUCGUACCUGGUGGACCUGCCGCUCUGAUAGCAAAUGGAGCAAAUGGAGAAGAACCUCCCACACCAAUUGACGAAAAGAAGGAGAAAUCGCAAUCGACAACUCGUGUAUCCUCCAUCAAGGAAGAUACCUCUAUCAGCGAGUAUCCCGAGGACUACGAGAUGCUGAAGAAAUCCUUAAGAGUCGCAACGUGGGCUACGUCCAUUAUGACCUUUAUCGUCAUCUUCCUCAUCCCAAUUCCAAUGUUCCUUUCUCACUAUAUUUUUUCGUUGACGUUCUUCAAAGCUUGGGUGAUCAUAUGUGUGAUAUGGCUGUUUGUUGCAGCAUUCAUCACGUCUGUUUUGCCUCUUUGGGAAAGUCGAAAUGCCAUGUCAGAUAUCGGUCGAGGGUUGCUGAAAGAUACAUUUGGUGUUGGUGUUAAAAAGGAGCGAUCUAGUACCAGUGCUUGACGAUUAUUAGUAUACGUUCCUCGAGAUAUAUACGAUGCAGCAUAGACGAGAGACUAGUGUACCACGGUCAUGUGUAGCAGCCGUCCCAAACGUAGACUUGUUUUAGAUGACAGUGCUAUCUGUUUUAAA